AUGUGGCAACCUUUUCUAGCGAACCUGCUGUUUCUCCUCCUCCAGCUGAAGCUUUGCCUCUCAUUGAGAGGGUGCAAAUGGCAAGCUGUACUCAACAUCUACAGUGAUCUUGGAGGGGUCCACACCAGCUACAUCACUCAGAAAGAAGUUCUCAGUGUGGCUGAUUCCUUCAAAAACCUGACAGAGUCAGCGAUAGACCCGAACGACAAAGAUGCACAUUACUAUGGAUUUCCAUACUACCUGAAAAUCUCUCUGGUUUGCAUCAGUUGGCCUUCAGACGUGGCUAUUCGAAUGGGCCACUACAGCGGACUGAGGCCAAUUGUGACCGUCACCUUCAAAAAGCCCGUCAACGCUGUGCGCCAGAAGCAGGAACGGUUACAGAUCAGGAUGAUGGCUGCUCCAUACCGGGUGACAGAAGGUUGUGGUAGCGAGGACGUUUGCAAGAUGUUUUGGCUCACCCCAAUGCCCUUCCGGAACGGCAGUGUUGUGACCCAUGUCUUGGUGAAGACCAAUGGCCUUGGCCUCCCUGUAGCUAAUCGGUGGUUCCACGUUAAUGUAAAUGGAUUUAUGGAGCUCUCCCAGAAAACAGCUAAAUUCAGGAUUGGAAAAAAGUUACACAGCUUGAGGGGUCUCCUAUCUCUGAAAGACCCAUCACGUCCCUUGUGGUCUACUCACAAGCAAGCACCUGUGCUUAUCCUGGGAGGCAUCCCUGAGAAGAAGGCUGUCUUCAUCUCAGAUACGGGCUUUGAAACGUACUACACAGUAGAGGUGGGCAUCGACAGCUGCUGGAUCGGUUCCGUUUCAUGCCCGCAGGGAAAAUUCUCCUCCACCAUUGUUGACACCAUUGCUACUGAAAGCACUCUCUUCAUCCGACAAAACCAACUGGUCUAUUACUUUACAGGGCAUUAUCCUAUUUUACACCGAACAACCGAAGGAUCUGAACUGUGGACACGUAUCUUGAACAACGUCUGCGUGAAGAAGCUUGUUCCUGUGUUUUUCCAUGAAAAUGACACUGAAUAUGUGAUUGCCCUUGGUGGUGGCUCUCACGAAGGGGAAUUCUUUCUUAUAACUUGCAAAGAUGGAGCUGUGCAGGCAAGCGGUUCUUUGAGGGAAGAUAAGAAGACAGUAUGCGACUUUCUGUCCUUUGCUAGGUGCUCCAUUUUAUGGGCCACUCUCUCCACGGAGGACAAAGUGUUCUAUCUGCUGGUGCAUGAUAAGAAAGGCAACAGAUACCACGUUGUGUCAUGGAAAACAGAUUCGGAAGAAUUUGAAGAAAAGUUUGAACUUCCUUACCUUGUACCAAAGGCCUCUGAUAAAGGGUUUGUGAUGCUCCUGGGCACUGAGGACUACACAAAUACAACCCUGCUAGCACGAGGCUUGGCUCACAACCGCUUCAGUACGGCUUUUUAUAUCUGGGGGAACGUUGUCUUGCAAAGCUAUGAUAUGGUGAAUUACAUAUACCUUUCCAACUUCCCAAGUCAUUCUCCCAUCAAGGAUUUUGUUCUGUCUUUUGCCGGGUCUAUCGCCUUUGUGACAGACCUGGAGGAGGUCUGGGUUUCCAGUGAAAGCGGCAAAAUGUUUAAAAAGGUUUACCCUUCUGAUGCCUGGAACAAGUUCCAUACCAUCCAAGUGAUGCAAGAGGCUUCACACUAUACCCAACAUUCCAAGCAUUCCAUUAUCAGCAUAUUCUAUGAUAUGAAUGAGCUGCAGGAGCUGAUUUAUAGAGAGGAUGUUUCCGGCAGAGGAAGAUUAAUCAAGAGGCCAUUCCCUGUGGAUUACGUCCUGACGUAUGACCUGUUGAUCAGCACACCUCACAAAAAGAUGGCGUACAAUGGAAAAGACUACAUCAAGUUCAGCCAUCGCUGCCCAUUUGCUGGGAUGCGUAUGGUGGACCUGCCACACCCACAGCGCUUCACCCGAAUGGAGCAUUACCAUGCCAUGCCUCCGGACAUCAUGGAGAGAACGGGAUUGCAUGAUAACAGAUCGCUCACUAUCUACCAGGGCCUGGUCUACCAGCUGCUUCAGCUGCAUUCGUCGUAUCACAGAUCUUAUGCAGACCCGGUCCAUGAUCCCACUUGGCGCUGGUGGAAGAACAAGAAAGAAGAUGCAGAAUACUAUAACUACAUGGCAAGCAACUGGAAAACAGUGGGAGGCAUCUAUGUUGACAUGGCCGACUACGUCAAAGUUUACGACUUGAUCCCAAAUAACCGUCUGCCUGCGAUAAUCUUCCUGGACAAGAAAACAGAGUACACUUUUAAGGUGUUCCUGACCAUCAGGACAGCCAGAGAGAGCAUGGGAGAUACGUCAGAGGACAAUUCCCUCGACAACAUAUGGGUAACUGUCAUUUUGGCCCAUCCUGAGUAUGUCCAGGCAGAACUGCAGAGGCAAGAACUCAUCAGCAGGGGCUCAGUGUUAUAUCGGGUAACCAUCAGAGACAAUGGACUUUACCCAAGGCAGCAGCUCAGCGGCAAGAAUCUUCUGCAAAGCUCAGCUGGAUUAAAAGUGGCCCAUUCGGAAAUGUUCUGCUAUCACUAUGCAAACAAGGGACCACAGAUGAAGGGAACCGCUUCAUUGGGCGUCCAUAUUGGAUGUCCCCCAGGCAAGAGAUUGGCGUUUGACAUCACUUAUACGAAGAAUUACAGCACUGAGAAGAACAAGCGCUAUUUUGACUGUGUUGAACCGGAUCCAGAAAUGCCCUGCUUCUACUUCAGCGAUGUGUUCUACCCAUUCUUCUUGAUCCAAGACAUGGUGACAGGAGACUCGGGAAGAUUCCAUGGCAGCUACAUCUUUCACAUCAUUGGCGGAGGAGCAUUUUCGCUAAAAAAUAUCAGAUACUUCAGCCCAGAGGAGAUGGUGCGAUACAACCCUAACAGCAAGAGUAAAACACAAAGUCUGAUAUGGGAUAGAGCCGAUAUAGAAGACGACAGAGCAACUCCGGAAGGCUUUCUGGUCCUCUCUGAAGCCAAGUCUGGAAUUGUGUGGAUUUGCCAGGAGGGUUCUCCAUGUUACGAUAUUGUCCCCAAAAGUAUGGUUGCUCCGCAUUAUUAUUUUGUGAUAAAAGUAUCAAACAGGGGGGUCGAUCAAACCACCUACUGCGACUACGCCUUGGAAUUCAUUGUUCACAUCCAUGGCCUCCACCUCAGCCCCACCCGUGCCCUGUAUCUGUGGAAGAUUUCAACGGUGACUGUGGUUGGGCUGGUCGUUCUGUAUAUCUUAGUUCAAAUCAUGGCCCCCGCGGUGAAAGAGUACUACAACAAGGCAAUGCGGAAGCUGGAGGAAGCUAUUGCCUUUCGGGCUGAAUCCAGCCUCACCUUCUCCUCCGUCUCCUUCACCAGUCAAGGAUCCCUUCAGCGCGUGUCCUCUGAAGUCAGCCACAGCAGCAGCACACAGCACACCUCCAGGACGGCAGUGCCUGGCCAAGGGACCCAGUAGCCCUGCCAUG